UGUUGGCGCGUUGUUGUCAUGGCAACCAAUGCUAUAACAUCCGUUAGUUUGGACAUACUCGGUCGUUUACUAUUAUGCUUGUGCGUUGUAGGGUUACAUAAGUGUUUGACAAGUUUGAAACGCAUUUUUUAAUUUUUAGAAAGACAAAUACGAAUUACCGUGAAAAAUCAUGAGUGAAAACGUGAAAUUUAUAGUAACAGAAGUAAAUAAAUUGUUAGGACGAAAUUACAACCGGAUCGGAUUCAGUACCUUAAACGCCGAAGAUUUAUUACAGAUAUUAUGCAAUGUACUGAUGAAAAUACAGCAACAAGAUAGUUCGGAUGUAAAUAUUAAAUUGGAUUUGCCAGAAGAAAAUUCUAAAUAUAUUUUAACAGCACUCCGAAUACUUAAUUAUCAGCCUGAUGUGGAUCCUGUAACAUUUAGACAAGGAUUAAUUCGAGGUGAAAUUGAAAUUGUCUAUCCUAUAUUUAUAUGGCUUCUAACGCAUAUUGACAUAGUUCAGAAAAGAGCGUAUCUAUCAAAAUUUCUCGUCAAGCUCGAAAUCCCGUCCGAGUAUUUAGGAGAUUCGGAAAUAUCUUUUUUACACGAGCAGUAUUUAUCUUUCGUCGACAAAUUUAAAACAGUUCAUAAAGAAAGAGAAAUAGGAAAGAAGAAUGUUGAAAGUGCUGUUGAACUUGCAACGGAUUUACAAGCGAUGGCAAAAGAAAAGGAAGCAGUUACAGCGCGUAUCAGCAAAAUCAAAUCAAAGGCUGAACCUGCACUGUAUUUAUUAGAUGCCUGCAGAUUGUUACGAAUGGAAAGGGACAAGGAACGGGAUCUAAUAUCGCAGAAAGAGCAAGAGGAAGAAAUUAUCUCUGAAUUACAAAGUUCUCUUCAACAAGUUGAACGUGAAUUAUAUACGUUAAAACGUGACAGUACUGGACUUACAUCACAAAUAUUAAUCCAACAUUUAACAGAGGAACUGACGGUGCAAUCUGCGAUUGUAAAAGAGAAGCUUCCUUCUGAGUUAAAUACAAAGAAGAAUCGAAUGAGAGCAUUAUCGGUAGUUAAAGAAUAUUCUUAUUUGGGUCCAGAUAAAAUUAUGGCUAUGAGAAACAAUUUAGAUACGAUAUUAAAAGAUAUACAAGAUUUGGUAGAAUACAAAAUAUCUAAAAAUGAUAUUGAUAAAAUGGGACCAUUUAGACAACAAGUUGCUGCUAUCGGAAAUAUGAAACGGAAUGCUCUUGAACGUUUAGAAAAAAUCGAAAGUUAUUUACAGGAAUUACAGUCACGAUUAAAAGAAAAACAGGAUCAUUCAAAAGCUUUAGUGGAAACAUCAAUUCCUAGAGCAGAGGAAUUGAAAAAGUAUAUCAAUCGUUUAAAGACUAAGAGUGCAUUAUAUAAACGUUGCAAAACAGAAAUAACUGGUUUAAAAGCAGAAAGUGGUGUACUUCAACGAACGGCAACUAUUUUAGAUGGACAAAUAAUUCAUUCUUAUUCAACUAAUAUUCCAUCUAAAGUAAUAAUUCCAGAAAAUUAUACACUAGACAAUGCUUUAGUAACAAAUACUCAAUUGUCUCACUCAAUAUUAGCUUUGAAAACCAAUAUUACUCCGAUCAUAAAAGAUAUGAAAGCAUUACGGCAAAUAGUACGUGAAACUAAUGAAAGAUAUCAAAAAGCGUGUAAAAGUCACAAUACAAUAGAAAUAAGUAUGAAAAAUACGACAAGCGAUUUAUUGUCCGAAACAAAACGUUUAAAGGAUAAAUUAUUACGGGAUACUGAAGAUAAGAAGCAAUUACAACAAAAAAUUUUAAAAAUAAAGAUUACUGAAGAGAAAUUACGUAAAGAAGCAGAAACCAACAAUGAUAUUAAUAAUUUAGGACAAACAUUCAAACGGGAAUUACAUGAUAUAAUACUAAAGGAAGAAGAAACUUUAAAAAAAUUGAACAACGAACAAGAUAAAAUAAAAGAACACACUGUACAAUACGACAAUAAAACGCAACAAUGGAAUAAUGUCAUAUCAAUUUUUACUUGCAAAAUUCAAUGUGCAGAAGAAAGUAAACAGACUGAUGGCAUAGUUGUACGAAGAGGAUAUGCUGAAACUCUUGUGUUGCAAUAAUAUUUAUAUUUAUUUUAUAUUUAUCACACAAAUUCUGAAUAGACUACUAAAUAUUAAAGAAACCCCCACAUUUUAUAUGAAAAAUGGCUUUCAGUUAGAUUUCGCGGAAAUUAAAAUAUAUUAUUAAAUUAAUAUAUUUAAAAAAAUUAUAAUCAGCACCAAAAUCAAGCUGCAAUCGUUUAGGCCUUUUCAAUUUUAUCGAUAUAUUUAAACAUUUAUACGUUCUAAGAAUUCAUUAUUUAUACACGUCGCUGAUAAAAGUACGUUUUUUAACAUAUACUUGCAGAGAGUAAUACCAUAUGCUUCGGUGGUUGAAUUGGCUAGGACGCCCUCACGGAAUGACGGGAAAUCUGGGUUCGAUUCCCGGCAGAGGUAUUAUUUUUUGCAAUAAAUUUUCAGAUUUUUCGAGUAAAGCGGGAUUCUAAGAUGCCAAUAAGUAUCAACAUUUAGCUUAUAACUGUGGUUGAAGACUGACGAAUUUGUCGCGCAGUUUAUAUAAGCUGUGAUUAUUAAAUUAAUAUAUUUAAAAAAAUUAUAAUUAGCACCAAAAUCUAGCUGCAAUCGUUUAGGCCUUUUCAACUUUAUUGAUGUGUUAAAAUAUGUUAUUGCCCACACCUUUCUGAUAAAAAGUGUCAAUAGGCAUGUUACAUCCGGCAGACUCUACGAUUUCCCUUUGUCAGAGAAACAAAUAAGAUUACAAAAGAAAUUCCGUUUCAACGGUUUCCGAUAAUUUUUUAUGCGUGUAGGAUUAGUCUGUUAUAAAUGUGACGACAAAUAUGAGUGGACGAAACGACCAAGUCGAUAAUUUCAACUCUUUUUGAAUAUCGAGUCAACAAACAAUAAAUUCUAAACGUAAAAAUACAACAACAAACUCAGGUUCGAAGCAAAGUUUCACGUUUUCUCACAAAAAAAUGAGCAAUAAAAACUCCAAACAUUAACAAAAAUAAAUAACCGUUUCCUCCAUCUGCGAACCAUACCCCUACAGCAUGAAAUAUUGCUGCAACGUUACAGAAAUAUUGUAAUAGUGCAUAAUAUAACCAAUAUUGCAGGAAUAUUGUAGCAAUAUUACAAAUGUAAUAUUACCUAGCAAAUGUUGUACAAUAUUGCAACAAUAUUACAAAUGUAAUAUUCCUUAGCAGAUGUUGUGCAAUAUUGUAGCAAUAUUACAAAUGUAAUAUUCCCUAGCAGAUAUUACAAUAUUGUGGCAAUAUUAUAUUACAACCUUGCAAAAUUUAUUUCUGUAUAAUCCGUAUUUCUUACUCUAGAGCUAACAAUAAGUAAUAUUUUACAUAGUUUUAAGGGACAAAUAAAAAAAUAGAGCAGGAUAUUUUAAAUUUUUAUGUUAAGAUUAGAGCUAAAAGAUACAUAGAUUGUGCAACAAAUUCUGUAAUCACGGACAGCGUUGCGUCCCAUACUAGAUUGAGUGAAGCAAGUCCAGAAGAUGCUCACUCUGACUUAUAUACUACAUCAAUUAAACAGGUGUGAACCAUACUUGCAUGUAUAAUUCUAGCAUAUAAAUUGAUCAGGAUAGGUAUUUUCUAGACUUGCUUCAUCUUAAUGCUUGCUUAAAUCUAGAAUGGAACGAUUCGAUAUCCAUAGGUGUGUAUAUAUGUUAAUUUAAUUAAUUACAUUUUUUUAAUUAUUGUGCCACAACGGUAUGACAAUAAAUUCAUUUUCCGUUUUUCGUAUAAUACACAUCUUAUAUAUUAUUUAAUUAAUACAAUACAGUAAUUGAUUGUUUUCUAUGACUGUAAAAAUAGACAGUAUUACUGAGGAACAUGGCGUUUCAUAUAUAUUACCGAUAAUGUUACGCGCAUGUAAUCUACGUGCUCACUAAUAUUAUUACUGCAAGUGCGAUUCAUGGAUAAACGUUCAUCUAAAAGUAGUAUAUGAUGGGCCAUCUUGCAAUCUUUAUAUCUCAAAAACUACUGCUUGAAAUAAAAAUUUAAAAAUAAACUUUUUACUUAAUUUUUCAAGAAUUUCCUCGCUAUAACAUUUUGAGUCGCAAUUUUUGCGUUAUACUCUGCAUAACAUGAUGUUUUUAUGUUUCGACAAUUAUAUAAUAUUGCUUGCUCUUUUAAACAUUCCAUAUAGCAUAGAACCAUUUUGAAUGUUUCCGAUACAUAUAUUUCAAAAUAAACUCUAUAUCCUGUCAAAUACCCAGUGAACACAUUUUAUAGCGGCAAUAUAACAUGGAAGUUACAUGUAAUUUAACAU